AUGGUUGCCACUUCGAGCAACGAAACGCAGCCCACGCAGAUGUUGCAGAACAUCCUCGGUGGUCCCCGCGUGCCCUCCACCACAUCCAACGCGGGCAGCCCCUUUGCCCGACGCGUCUCCCCGCGCCAGGCAGCGCCCACAGCGAGCGUCUACGUGAGCGACGAGACGCAGGGGGUGUACGAGUCGCAGAUCGGGGACGAGGACACGCAGUCGCAGAAGGAGAACGCGCCGAAGCGCCGGACGCUGACUUUGCCCAACACCCGCUCGCGCCCCAUCUCGCCCAUCAAGCCACCGCCGCGUGGCAAGAGGAACAAACCGUCGACGCCACAGGCAGACAAGUCCGUCGAAGACCACUCUUUGCCCCCACCACCCGUCUCCCGUGGUCGCAGCGAGCUCUCGGUCAUGGACCAGCUCGUGCUCAGCCCAAACGCGCCCGACGAGAGCAUGCUGCUUUCCCAGGGCGACGACUGGGACCAGCCUCAUCAGUCGCCUGUCCCCGUGCCGUCUCCCGUGACGCGCUUGUCGCCGCCCCGAGUCUCUUCACCACCCAUCGUCCUCUCCUCUCAGUCCCAAUCCCAGGAUUUUCAGGCCACGCAACCACUCAGCGCCCGACCUGAACUACCUCAGCCUCCGCCAGCACCACAGCCAGUACCGAUGCAUGCGCCCGGUCUGGAUCGGUACCGUGCUCAGCGCAAGCAGCGGCACGACGCCGUCUUUCCCAAGUUCGCCCCUCUUGCUGCGUCGCCGGUCGGAGAUGAGACCCAGCUUGGCGGUUCAGAUGGCAACACUCAACCGGCAAUUGGCUUCCAGUACUCGGACGCGGGCUCGACGCAACUGUUAGGUGGUGAUGGCGCCACCCAACAACUCGGCGAAACACAGCCGCUAGAGGAGGAGACGCAACCUGCGACACAACCGUACAGUGUCGCUCCCGACGAUGACGAACGUCAGGCAAAGGAGCGUGAUGUGCUCGACCUUUGGAACCACAUCCAAUCUCGCCAUGGGACGGGACAGUCCGCAGCGGAAGAUACCCAACCGCUAGAAGACGACAUUCUGAACGCUACACCAGGACAGAUACCCGGACUGGGUAGCACCCAAGUUCGGGCGGAGGGCGAGACGCAGAUGGAAGAAACGCAGGUCGAUCCCGUUCCUAGCUCGCGUAUAACGAGUGUACGCGAUCCUGGGCUGGAACUCUUCAACCUCCAAACCCGUGCCGCGAGCGCUGGACCGAGUACUCAACGCACCAACGACGUUGCCCCUCGCCAGCGCAACGCAAGCGGCCCCAUGCCAAUGCGUGACCUGGGCUUGGAGCUUCUCAACUCCAUCAACGAGAGUAAGAAGCAGCGUAGUGCGCCCCCUAGCGCGCGGACUGAGGCGGAGAUGGAGCCCGAGAGUAUGAACUCGGACGAGACUCGUGCAACACACGGCGGGUCAUCGCCUCAACGCGGCAGGCGCGACAGUGGCGAGUCGGACAUUGUCCCAGACUCGUUGGCAGGUUCCCUGCCUGCUCCUGCUACCAGCAGUAACGAACGUCCAAAGCGCACCAUGCCGACAUUGAUCAGUCCGGACUCGGAGUCGGAAGACGAUGUGCCGCUCUCCAAGCAGGUGGCCGCCAAGUCUCGCUCUGCUAGCCCACCCAACAAGCGGCGGCGUGUAGAGUCGUUGCCGGCGGUGCCCGAAGACAAGUCGCUGUCGAUGUCGGGCAUCCGCGCGCAGCAGAAGGGUAAAGGGCGCGAGGAAGAUGACGGUGAUGAGGUCCCGUCAUCUGUGCCGCACGAAGACAAGGACCAGACGCCUGCUCCUUCGCGCCUCAGCUCCAAGAACAAGGGCAAGGGCAAGGCAAAAGCACGGUCCACCUCCCGAUCUACCACCAGGACUACUCGCAGCAAGUCUGUGACGCCAGCACCCACCAGUGAUGGAUACGAUGCGAUUUUCGUUGGCUCGCUCUCCCCGCUGGGACCCUCACAGGACCCCAUCGACUUGAUCCCAAAGACUGAGAAGGGGCAACCUAUGGAGGUCGACGAAGAGGAAGAGGACGUCAAGCCACAGAUCUCGGCGAACUCUCGCAAGCGCAAGCGCUCUAACGCACCAGCGGCCCGCAAUACCCGCGCGAAGAGCGCCCGCGUUCCGUCCGGCACGCCCAAGGCAGGCCCCAGCCGUUUGCGCGGCACCGUUUCGACGGGACGGAGGCACGCUUCGGGAGAAGCAACACGUGUCUUUGCGUUGUGGAAGGCGACUGGAAGUUACUUCCCCGGCACGGUGCGCUCGCAAGAGGGGAGCUCGUAUUGGAUCGACUUCGACGAUGGCACCGACGCCCUCGUUCCGCUCGAGUGUCUGCGCCGCCUCGCACUACAGCCCGGUGACAAGGUCACGUUCAGCGAGGCCACUGCUGUUGUCGUAGCAGCUCUCGGCAGCGACAAGGAUGCCGCUGUUUCAGUGAAAUUCGUGACCGGCCAGGACAAGGAUGAGAAGGAGGAUACGACCGUCGGGUGCCUCGAGAUCCCCUCUCGCACCAUCAGCGCGCAAUGGCGUGAGCGCACGCUCUCGGCCGAGGAUAUUGUACCCAGCGUGCGUCCACACGGCGUACAGGACACCCCGACGCCCUCGCGCGCCAGUACACUCAACAACACCGACCACCUCUCCGGCAUCGCCUUCGUCAUCACGCUGUCCACUACUACCAAUCGCGACCAAGUUUUCACCGAUACGAAGAAGAUCGUCACGCGCCAUGGCGGCAAGCUCCUCGACGAGUGGUCGGACUUGUAUCAUAUACCUUGUGCGCCGGAGAGUGGCUCUGGGCGCAGUGCCGGACGAUGGACCUGGGAUCCAGCCAAGUUCGAGUUCAAGCCCAAGGUCGCGGCGCGCGGGGUGGAGAAAGUGUUUCUGAUCUCGGAUGAACCGUCGCAUAAGAUCAAGUACAUGAUGGCUCUCGCUUGGGGCGUACCAUGCUUGUCUAUUGACGCCAUUAAGGAUCCCGAGUUCAACCAGGUCUGGCACCGCUACCUUCUUCCCGCUGGCUUCUCGACCAAGCUCAACGCCAAAGUCUCUCAAUUGAUCGACUACGACUGGGGCGCGGACACGACGCACAUGUCCGACGUCAUGAACGCCAGCGUCGUUCAAACUCCCACCGUUGCGCUGCGUCCGUUCAAGGGCAAGCGUAUGCUUCUCGUUGGAGCGGAGUUCGUCAAGACUGGGAGGAAGACGAGCGGGAAUGCCAGCGAGGAGUAUGGCAUGCCGGAGAUCUUGCUUUGCGCGGGUGCGGCGCGCGUCGUCUCGGUGAAGGAUGUGCCGGCGCAGGUCAAUGGCUUCGACUUUAUCGUGCUUAAGGAUACGGCCGGAUAUGAUAAUGACGACAGGGAUGUGCCGUUCGUGUCGACGGCAUGGGUCAAGGACUGCAUCAUCUCCGGCCGGCUGCACGCGCCGUAG